UUUUUAUUCGAGCCGGAAAAUAAAGGAGCAGCAUCCGCGUCAUAGGAGUUAACGGCCGUGGGAGUCCUUUGUGGACGACAGAAAAGGGUAUUGAUCUGGAGGAAAUGAUGGCAAAAGUGGGGGAAACAAUGUCCCAGGCAGAUAAGCUGUGGACUUGCUAAUUUUAAAGCCAGAGAGGGAAGGAAGUGUGACAGCAAAGUUUCCUACAACACACACACACACACACGAGAAGAAGUAGAAGAAGAAGCUUGUCUUGGGAAUGAAGAAAAUGGCACAUAAUGAGACGCAUCCCCUUUUGGAAAUACUGCAGUCUUUUAACACGGGGGACAUGAUUCUGGCCUUCGGUCUGUCCAUCCUGGUCGGCCUCCUGCUGGGCGCUCUGGUCUACGUGAUGCUGACCUGGGCGUCCCGGCGCCGAGCCACCGCCCGCAUCACCCGCCGCACCCGGAAGAAGAAAUCCUUACGAUCCCAGAUCCCGACUGAGGGCCAGCUGGGACUCUACCGCAGCACCUUCCUCAGCGUCUACCGCCAGCCUUCCCUGGAGCCGGUGGGGCCCCUGGGGACCAAGCCGGGGCCGGAGACCUCCACCUUCCGGCCGGUGCCCAGGAAGGGAGGCGCGGAGGCGGAGCUGGGCGACGACACCCGGGUCCAGAUCCCGGAGGACACGUUGGCAUCCGACUCGGAAUCGCUGGUACCCAACAAGCGUCAUUCCUUCUGGUUGGGGGGCAACGGACUGAAGGGCUUCCUGCCUUCGCAGACUCCGCCCCCGGCCUACAACAGCAUCCUCCAUGCUUUCCAGGAGUCCCGCACUUAGAACUCUCCCAUGGACCUCAUCUGAAUGGAAGUCUGGAGCCAGGGAGCCAUGGUUCAGUUUUUCCCCUCUAUUUUCAUGUUAGGAUGCUUUGGAAUUUCACAAUAAAGAAAUGUCCAGAGAAAGUCU